AUGAACUCAUCGUUCGCUAGUACUGAGGCAAUGCAAAUGUUUGGCUCAAGAGUUGCGGACGAGGACCAGGACAUACGGCGUACGGAAGUGAUCCGAGUGAUCGAGCGCGCAAAUCCAACAGACAGCCACAUGAAGCCACAUUUCACCCGAAUGUGCAACGUUGGCCACCGACUGCUGAUCUGUGCAGUGUUUCUCCUCAACUCGCUCAUUGAUCUCGCCACUAUCGAUGGUCACGUCCUUCCACGUCCUCUCGCUGCCACUAGUGACGUCUCGGUUCGCAACUUCGACAGCGCCAUCCCGACGGUUUCCUUCGCCGUACCUUCGCCAUCUGGCCAGCACCUUCGCGAACGACCACCGGAGAACGAGUCCACGGGCAACGGGUCCUUCGUGGCAUCGGGUCGCGUUUUGGUGGUGGCACCCGGAAACUUUUCGCUCGAACAGCUGCGCCGGGGACUGAACAACUUUGUGCAACUGCUGGCGGAAGCUAACCGGCCGGCAGCGAGUCAGGACGAUCUCGCGCACCUGAACAGCUUGAUUCAGUUCCGCUCCUGGCGCGGCAUGGUCGCGUUCGAGCGCUGGCUGGAGGAUCCCGCGUUUGCCAGCGUGCUCUACAUGGCGGGCGAAGGUGACAGCUUCAUCGGGUACUGUGACAGCCUUUCGACGCACUUGACGACCGUCUACCGGAAGUCGGUGCUUUUCUGGCCCUGUCCACGCAUGAAGGCGACGGAAAAGUUCAUUCCCUCUUACGAAACAGUCUCGUUCGCUGUGAAAAGCAUCGCGCAGCAGCUUAAUUGGACCGAAGCGAUCCUGCUGGCGACAGACUCCAACCACGCGCUAUCGCUGGCGCUGGCUCGCAGCCUGCACAUCCCGUACACGAUAGCGGAGGACGAUUCCAGCGUGCCGGCAUCGUUCGACGACAGCAGCGGAAAAGUGGUAAUCGUCUGUGCAUCGAUCGACUCACCACACACAAUCAGCGUAAUCAAUCAACUUAAGCGGCACAGCAGGACGAAGAUCCUGCUCGUGGACAUGGUGGGAGCGAUUUUCAACAGCAAUAACGUGCUCUACCGGCGCUUGGCGCUGCAGGACGAACCGCUGGGUUUGCUCGUCCUGACGAUACUCACCGAGAACUUUCGAUCCUUUCUGCACCGACUGCACGGGGUCGACCUCGGGGACUACAAGCAUAUCAGCGAGAAUUUGCUGAAAAUUCGCCUGGCGACCGAAACGGGCCCCAUUCACGCCGAUUCGACGGAUGACUACGAGCUAACCAACCUCUAUGACGCUGCGUAUGACGUGCCGUCUGAGAGAGACUCCCCCGUGGGAUGGCAGGACGACGUAGAGCAAAGCUCUCGAAUCCUAGGCGAACCUGCAAGGCCAUCAACACAGCCACACCCACCGACGGCACUGCAGGAACUGCUCGAACUAGCGUCUAACAAUGGUACGGGUACGGUGCAAAGCUGCGAUUUUCAUUACUUCCUCAAUCACGUGGCCAACUGGUACGAGAUUCUCGCGCAAACCUUCGACUCGGCCCGCUGCCAGACGCUAUUUGGAAACUACUGUGAGGCGGAUGUCGCCCACGGAGGCAGUGCAGGUCCAUCAACGGCGGAUAAUAGCACCGCGGAACCUCCGGAGACCGCUGGUCGGGCUCGGAACGCAUCACUCCAGACGACCAUCGAUGAGAUCGAGCGGUUCUGCGACGUUUUCCUCACCGGCUACGAUAGACUGCUCGCCGAUGGGUUGCCACCGUUUAACGCUUCACAAAGUGCCCUGACCGAUGCGGCUCAGAACCCGUCCGAUCGACUGCUGAUGUUUGGGGAGCAUUUCUAUUUCUUCGACUUUCUGCUCGCCGUGUGGCAGGAUAGCCUUCCGGAGUCACUUUCGUCACAGCAACAUCGACCGUUUCGGUUCGAUUUCGUGGCGUUCGACUUUAAGAACUUUUCGCAACAUCGAACGGCUGUCGUUUGGCGACCGUUUCUAAUCCUGGAGCAGAGCCAGCUGCAUCGGCACGAGUUCAGCAUGCAUCCGGUUCACCCGGGGUACGCCGAUUGGGUUGUCAACGCGACACUGGAAACGAUCUGGACCUGUGGGCUGCUUUGCUGGACCAUCGUUGGGCUUGUGGCCCUCGUCGUCGUCGCGAUGAUCGUUGGAAGCAUCGUGUUCAGCAUCGUUGUGAGAAACUACAUCCUCAAGACGCGGCUCUCAAAAGGACCGAACAAAAUCGUGCUUUCCCCAUCGGACUUCGUGUUUCCGGUUGACAUGCGAAGGGUUGACGAGGGUAUCGAGGCGAUGCUGUGCUGCUGGCUCCAGCAGCUGCAGGAGUUCGGUGGCCCCGAGGUGGAAAAGCCCGACCUGCUGAAGGGAUCGAUCGGAUCACUCAAGAACCUUGGGCUGCCGGCACCGACGAAACCGAACUCGGGCAGCGAGACUUUAAUCCGUCACAACACCACGGCCGCCAUCGAUCAUAAGGCGCGCUAUAAUGGUGAUUUAGUGCAGUUGAAGGAAAUCCCAUCGAGCUCGGCAUCCCACGAGCUGAAAACGAAGGCAAUGGACCUACUCGUAAUGGCGCACGGUUUACGACACGAGAACAUAAAUCCUCUAAUCGGAUGGUUAAACGAACCGACCCGGACGGCGCUGGUGUUUGAGCAUUGCUCACGCGGGUCCCUGCAGGACGUGCUCAUCAUGGACGAGAUCAAGCUGGACUGGUCCUUCCGGUUGAGCCUGCUCACGGACCUGGUGCGUGGAAUGCGCUACCUUCACGCGUCACCUUUGCGUGUUCACGGUUCUCUGUCAUCGCGCAAUUGCGUCGUAGACGCCCGCUGGGUGCUCAAGAUCACCGAUUACGGCAUGCUGACUUUCUACGAAGCGCAAGGCAUCGCGCCAGCUCCCCGUGGUGCCAAAGAGUUGCUGUGGACCGCGCCGGAGGCGUUACGCGACUCUAAGGCGUACCCAAAGGCCGGCACGCAACCAGCCGAUGUGUACGCUUUCGGUAUCAUCAUGCAGGAAGUGGUCGUACGAGGUGAACCGUACUGUAUGCUGUCACUCUCGCCGGAGGAAAUUAUCACCAAAAUCAAGAAACCUCCGCCCUUGAUACGACCUUCGGUGUCGAAAGGUGCAGCACCACCGGAAGCCAUCAACAUCAUGCGCCAGUGUUGGGCGGAGAGUCCCGAAAUGCGACCCGACUUUGCGGCCAUCUGCGAGCGGUUUAAGCAGCUGAACCACGGACGGAAGGUGAACUUCGUCGACACGAUGUUCCAGAUGCUGGAGAAGUACUCGAACAACCUCGAGGAGUUGAUCCGCGAGCGCACCGAGCAGCUGGACAUCGAGCGGAAAAAGACUGAGCAGCUGUUGAACCGGAUGUUGCCAAGUUCGGUAGCUGAGAAGCUGAAGAUGGGCUUGGCCGUGGAACCGGAAGAGUUCGCUGAGGUGACGAUCUACUUCAGUGAUAUCGUGGGUUUCACGACAAUCGCGGCCCACUGUACGCCCGUGCAGGUAGUUGACCUGCUGAACGAUCUGUACACCUGCUUCGACGCGACCAUCAACGCGUACAACGUGUACAAGGUGGAGACGAUUGGGGACGCGUACAUGGUGGUGAGUGGGUUGCCCGUUCGAACACCUGAUCACGCCGAGCAGAUAGCGACGAUGGCGUUAGAUCUGCUGUUCCAGAGUGGCCAUUUUAAGGUGCGCCAUCUACCGGGCGUUCCGUUGCAGCUGCGUAUUGGCCUGCAUACAGGUCCGUGCUGUGCCGGCGUCGUUGGUCUUACGAUGCCCCGAUACUGUCUCUUUGGUGACACGGUCAACACGGCCUCUCGGAUGGAGUCAACAGGAUCGUCCUGGAGGAUUCACAUGUCGCAGCAGACGUGCAAUUUGCUCGAGAAAGCCGGCGGAUACGUAAUCGAGCCCCGGGGGCCCAUCGAAAUCAAGGGCAAGGGCAAGAUGCACACGUACUGGCUGCUUGGCAAGAAAGGCUUCGACAAGGCGCUACCACCACCACCACCCAUCGGGGAAUCGCACGGACUCGACGUGGCCAUCCUGAAGCACUCGCUUUUCCAGUCGCAGCAAAAUCACGCCAAACUCAGCAGCGCUUCGCUGCAAAGCAACACCUGUUCGACUGCAAAUCACUCCUCCAGCCAUUCGCCAUCCGUCGCCGGGGAAUCGAUCGACGUGAAGGUGGAGAUAACGCCACCGGUUCCACCCGGGCUCGACCAGGCGCAGUCGCAGCAACACUCCGGCCCUGACCCAGCCGUCCUGUCGACCUCGUUCUCCGUCGAUUCGAGCUCGAGCAAUAACACCUUCACGCUGAACUUGGGUGAGUUCGUGCAGCCAAAGGUGACGCCGCUGGCCAGUCCGCAAGCCCGCAAGCUAUCGGAGGUCAUCUCGGAUGGGUCAUUUCUCGGUGCGAAUCUCACCUUCGAUCGGCUGAAUCCCUCACCAACGGCAACGGCCGCCAACUCGACGCGUCUGUUCAAGCGCAUCGAGGAGCUGAUCGAUCUCAGCUCACCGUACAACUACUACAAGUGCUUGAGUCCCAGCGAGAACAACCUCUCGCAGUGUGCCGAAUCGCGGUAUGGCAGCUACCAGCUACGUUCGGAUAGUUGCUCCAGCAAACCGGGCUCAACGCGCUUCCUUCGGCGUCAGUUCAGCCUCGACAAGGACGAUGCUGGGCUGUCAUCAGGUGGCCCUACCGGUGCUCACAAAUCGACCUUCGAUUCGAUAUCCUCGGUGUCGGUUGAUCGUGAGCAGCUGGCACGCAUGGGCACACUCACGUCCAUCCCGUCGAUCAGCUCGACCACAUCCGCGUCAGGUCCUGCCGGUUCGGGGGCUAAACAACCCACCAGCCGGUUGGCUAUGCAUCGCCAGCAAUCGGCCAGUGUGGCGCAGGACCUCGAGAAGAUCGAAGAGAUCCCACUGUCACCGCAAUCCUUCGCGCUUAAUCACACCGGCACUAGCAGCAGCACGUCGAGCCUGCAAUCGGAGGUCCUUGAUCGAGGUCGAGCCGUGCGCAACGGAGGUCCUGCAGAUCGCGCCCCCAACGGCAAGGAACUGCGGCUCAGCGUGGAAGCCCUCGGACUGCGGUGA